AUGUCUGAAGAAUUAUUCAAUUUGCGUUCUCAGUUGAGCUUCUAUAAAUAUUAUCAUAGCGAUAGGAUAAAUGUCCUCAUCCACUCCAUCUUCGUUCCAAUUAUUCUCUUUUCAGGAUGUGCUAUUCUCCAUCAUAUAAAACUCUACAAGGCAGUAACGUUGACACAUUUAAUGUCGGUAUUAUAUGGGUCAUUUUAUUGUCUACUUUAUCUACCUACGGGGUUAUUGGCUUCGAGCUUAUUACUGAUGAUCAAUCUGUGCUUAGACAAAAAUUGGGUGCAAAUAUCUAUUACAGAAUCUUUGGGGCUUUUUGCGUUAGGUUGGGUAGUCCAAUUCAUAGGGCAUGGUUUUUUUGAGCAUAAAAAACCGGCCGUUUUGGAUAAUUUGGUUCAAAGUUUGGUUCUAGCUCCUUAUUUCAUAUUAUUUGAGUUUUUAUUCAAAUUAGGAUUUUUUGAAACAUUAAAUAAGCAGCUUGAAGAUGACAUUGACAAAAUGAGGGCAUGA